AUGAUUGAUAAUCACAGAGGUUGGCAUGAGAUACUGCCAUAUGCUUUGUUGGGUUACCGAACGACUGUCAGAACAUCAGUUGGAGCUGCUCCAUAUUUCCUAGUAUAUGAAACAGAAGCAGUUAUACCUGCAGAAGUUGAAAUACCUUCAUUGAGAAUCAUCCAAGAAGCUGAAUUGGGUGAUGAUGAAUGGGUUCGCAAGCGGAUUGAUCUGUUAACAUUGAUUGAUGAGAAAAGAAUGGAUGAGUACAAAGGAAAAUUUGCACCAAAUUGGCAAGGACCCUACAUGGUUUGCAAAGUAUUAUCUGGAGGUGCCUUGGUCCUGUCGGAGAUGGAUGGUGCCGAAUGGCCAAAACCAAUCAACUCAAAUGCUGUCAUGAGAUACUAUGUGUGA